AUGGAGAAGGUUCUGAUCCGUCCCACCGCGUUCAAACCGGUGGUCCCGAUGAACCGCCACUCAGUGCAGUACCUCUCCCCGAGACCAGGGGGCAACCUCUCUGAGAGCCAAGGCACCCUCAACCUCCUCAUGCCCCUGUCUAUCAACGGGAAUAACGGAAAUACAGUGGUCAAUAACGUGAAUACCGUGUUCAAUAACGUGGUCAAUGGCACGGGGAGCUACGGGAACGUUGUACCUCUGGUCGGCUCGUCCUCUUCCUCAGAUAGCAAGAGGAACUCAUACAGCGGAGGACGCAACGCUCGCAGCAGCCAUUCCUGCUCCAUGUCAGACUCUGGCCGUAACUCCCUGUCCAGCCUGCCCACCCACAGCAGCCUGGCCAAUAGCGAGGCCUCCGGGUCGGGUUCAGGGUCUGUGGGGUCCGGGGUGGGCCCGGAGCCUGGGAGAACCACCACCACAAACGGGGGGUCGGGGAUCAACGGAGGUCACGCCCACUCUACCUCCCACGGUCACUCAAACUCGGACAGCGGGCGGUCGUCGUCCAGUAAGAGCACAGGGUCGCUGAGUGGGCGAGGCCAGCCCCUGUCGGACAGCGGGUCGUGUGGGCGCUCGCCCCCGACCCUGGAGGGUUACGAGGGGGUGGUUAGGGAGCUGGAGGAGAAGUUGAGGGAGAGAGACCUGGAGCUGCAGCAACUCAGAGAGAACCUGGACGAGAACGAGGCCGCCAUCUGUCAGGUAUACGAGAAGAAGCAGCUUCGCUGUGAGAGAGAGCUGGAAGAGCUGAGACAGAGCUGUUCCUCUAAGAUGAAACAGGCUUCACAGAAGGCCCAGAGAGUACAACAGGCCUUACAGCUACAGGUGUUCCAACUGCAGGAAGAGAAGAAGAAGCUUCAGGAGGACUUCUCCUCUCUGCUGCAGAACAGGGAAGAGCUGGAGAGGAGGUGUGCCUCUAUACAGAGAGAGCAGACCCAGCUGGGACCACGCCUAGAAGAGACCAAGUGGGAGGUGUGUCAGAAAUCAGGUGAGAUCUCCCUUUUGAAACAGCAACUGAAGGAGUGCCAGUCAGAGCUGAGCCAGAAGGGCGGGGAGCUGGUGGUCCUGAAGUCCCAGUUGAGAGAGCUAAGGUCCGAUCUCCAGAACAGCCAGGCUACGACCCAGGAGGCUGGGCCGGCCCUACGAACACGCUCCCUGGAGCUGGAGGUCUGCGAGAAUGAGCUCCAGCGCAGGAAGAGCGAAGCCGAGCUGCUCCGCGAGAAAGUCGGACGCUUGGAGGAAGAGUUGGCCCGCCUCCGAGAUGCCCUGGCCAAUCAGGAAGGAGGUUAUCUUCCUGGAGGCCAGGCAUCAGCCACUAAGGGCCAAUGUAUGAGCCUGCCCCUCCCCCAGGGGCGUGGGGGUGUGGGGGGUGGAAGGGAGGGCCUCAGCCCCUCUGUGGGGUACCGAGAUGCGGAGGAGGGGAGGCUGGGUUGGGGUGGGGAGAGUGAUGAGACCAAGGCUCAGAGGCAGAGUGCUGAAGCUGUGCUGGGACUCAGGCAACAGGUGGAGAGGCUGAGGGCAGAGCUGAUGUACGAGAGGAGGAGCAGUGAGGAGCAGCUGGGCGGAUUUGAGGAGGAGAGGAGGGUCUGGCAGCAGGAAAAGGAAAAGGUGAUCCGCUACCAGAAGCAGCUGCAGCAGAACUACAUCCAGAUGUACAGGAGGAACAGAGAUCUGGAGAGAGUGAUGAGAGAGCUCAGUCUAGAGCUGGAGAACAGAGAUGUAGAGGACUACGACAUCCACAGUGGCAGCAACGACAUCCACUUCGAGGAGAUCGCCGCUACUGAGAUCUAG